AUGUCUUUCACAUCAAUUCCGAUUCUCGACCUUGCCUUGGCGCAGGACCCCGAGACGAAACCCCAAUUCCUCAUCAACUUGCGCCAUGCACUCAUGGAAGUCGGGUUUCUGUACCUCAAGAAUGUUGGCAUUCCCGACGAGUUGUUCAAGAGGGUAAUCACAGAAGGCAAGAGCUUCUUUGAUAUACCCACCAAGGAAAAGUACAGCGAGCUCCUUUGGUCCAGGGAAUUACAAAUCGAGAUGAAGAAUGCCAAGUCCUUCCUGGGAUACUCUCAACUCUCGGCGGAGAUCACAGCGGGCAAGAUAGACCACCGCGAACAGAUCGACCUCUCGACGGAACACCCGCUACCGGGGCCGAAUGAUCCGCUGUACUACAACCUCCUGGCCCCGAAUCAGUGGCCCUCCGAAUCCGCUUUACCCGGCUUCCGCGCCACCUUCACAGAGUACAUGGACCGCAUGGGCAAGGUCUCCAUCGCCUUCACCUCGCUCAUCGCCGAGGCCAUCAAGCUGCCCCCGGACGCCUUCAACAAGUACUUCGACGCCAACCAGCAGCAUAAGCUCAAGAUUGUGAAGUACCCCGACCUGCAAGAACUCGGCAUCACGGAUCCGGGGAUCCAGGGGCAAGGGGUCGGUCCGCACAAGGACAGCAUGCUGAGCAGCUACCUAUUGCAGGCAAGCCACCACCGCGGCCUGCAGGUGCAGAACGUCCGGGGCGAGUGGAUCGACGCACCACCCGUCGAUGGGACGCUGGUCGUGGCCAUCGGGCAAGGGCUCGAGGCCCUGACGCAGGGGGUCUGCGUGUCGACGACGCACCGCGUGCUCAGCCCGCCCGCCGGCGAGGGUGCGCGGUUCUCGAUCCCGUUCUUCCAGGGUGUGAGGGGUGAUGCCGACUUUGAGGAUUUGGAGACCGUCGGGGUGGGCCGGAUGCCCGAGGACAUUCGGGAGCAGAGGCGGCUGGUGCUGAAGAGGAACGGCGGGGCGAGGCUCGACGACGUCGAGUUUACGUUCCGCAAGGGCGGGGUCGCGAAGACGCUUGGGGAGGCGACGCUGAGGAACAGGGUCAAGAGUCAUCCGGAUGUCGGUGAGAGGUGGUAUCCGGAUAUUCUGGCCGCCAUUCGCGAGGAGCAGGCUAGAGCUGCUGGCGGCGGAAGUGGGGGGAAGGAGGAGAAGGGCGCGGAUGUGAAGGGUGUAUUGGAGGUUUCGUCGGUCCCUGUUCCAGCGCAUUGA